CGUCCCCCCAGCUCCCACUCCCUGUCAUUCUGCAGCAGGACUCUGAGCUGAACUCACUGCUCGUCGCUUGUGAACAAGGACCUGUACUUCAUUCUUAUCCACAGAGGGAGAUUUAUUAAUAAGGGAAUAUAAAAGCUGAUGUGGAAUAAGGAUUUAAUGCUGUUUAGCUUAUCCAGGAUCAGGGGGUCAGUGCAAUACAUUUGGUGCUUAAUGAGACAAUAACUGCCCUUGUGAAUUAAAGGAACGUGUCUCUAUCACUGGCACAGCUCUACGCUCUAAGGUCCAAGUAUAAAGCUUCAGAUGUCAUUGUCAAUUGUGACUCUUCUGGUCAGCGCAGCAUUGUCCUUUGCCAACAGCUGCCGGCAGUACCGAUUCUCUACCAAUGGGGAACACCUGUUGAACCAACAUCUCUCCAUCAAAAUAGGGACCACAACAGAAUACUGCCAUUUCCAGAUGAAGUUCCCUCAACAUAAAGAAACUUGCACUAAUUCCUCCCACGUGACUCUGAUCAACGACACUUCUUUGCUCCUGGAAACAACGGACGUGGAAUAUAAGACUUUUUAUCUGGAAUACAGAGCUGGGAAGGUGGGGAAGUCGGUGGAGGCCAUAUUUGCAGGUUUUUGCCAAAAUAAAUCUGAGAAUCCCAUCCCAACCACUUCCAAUUACAGUUCCAUGUGGCUGGUGAUAGGAGCGAUUGUUCUCAUCUCAAUAGUUAUUUUCAUAGUCACGUACAUAAUCUAUAGAAGGUGGAAAGCUCCACAGUUCAUCUGUCUACAGCAUCAGUCAAAUAUGAAUGCCGAAAACAAGGGCAUGGAAACUGGACCUGAUGAACUUAAUGAGGCGCUGAUCUCUGCAGAGGGCAACUCCCAACACGGCAAGCAUAAAAACACAGAAGAGGAACUAGAACCCCUGAGGGACAAAAUGGAGACAACGUGUGAGACAGAAUUCUUGUUCUUGACCACAAGAGAAGAUCCAUAUGUUCUGGAACAGUGACCUGGAACUCUCACCUUGUCUGGCAAAUGAGUGUAUGGCACAUGUAUUAUAUCCUAAACUGAUGUCAGUGCCAGCCAAUGACUUUGCCUUUUCUUCUCUUUAAAGGAGAAGGAAAGGUAUGGAGGCAUUUUAUUGCCCAUCGAUUAGCUGCAAUAGUGCAAGCUAGAAUGCUUGAAACUCUAUGUUUGUUUAGAAUAGGAGCUGC